AUGAGUCAAUACGACAAAAACGAACUCAAAGCUGUGGGAUUGAAAAUAGAAACUGUCAAAGCAAGAAAGUUGGAACUUCAGAAGAAAGCAAGGAGACCAGAAGGACUUACUACUGACGAACAAGUGGAGUUGGAGGAUUUUGAUUGGAAAGAAACUCUUCAGGAACUCAAAAAGGACGAGAAAUACUGGAAAGAACUCAUCAAAUUAGCGACCAAAGAAGAGCCAAAGGAAGAGAGCAAGUCUUUUCGAGAAGCUGAUGACAAGUGGAUUUCAAGUAUUACUUCCAUCAACACCACUUACAGAGAAUGGACAACAUUUGAUUUGGACGAUUCUAUCAAUCCUUCAGAGCAUUUUUAUUCUCGUUUGAAACAGUCUGUCUCUUUGGUUCAUAUGAGGUAUGAAGCCGGUCGUCGCUUUAUUCUCAACGAUUUUCUUCUGGAUGUUCUAUAUCGUCCUGAAUUCAAAGAAUCACUCAGAAUCUUCCCAGAAAUUCAAAUGGAGGUUUCAAAAACAGUGGGAAACAAGAAACGAAAAAUCACUGGGAAUACUGAUUACACAAUUGGACUUGGAAAAGGAUACGAUAUUUUCAGCAAAGCACCUCCAAAAGAACUUCACUUGAUUGCUAUCGAAGCAAAGACUAGUUGGGAUGAAGAUGAUUACUGGCAAUGUGUUGCUGAAACAGCUACUCUUUACAAAUCAAGAAAAGAUGCCGGGAAGACAAAAUGUAGCGUAUGGGGAGUGUUGUCUAAUGCUGCUGAUUGGCAAUUUAUCUUUAUUGAUGAACAGGGGCUUUUGUGGACUUCUCGAAAGAUUUUGAUUAACCUUCGUUCUUUGGACGAAGAACAAGUUGUCAAGGUCUAUAGAUUCCUGUAUUUUCUUGUGAAAAGUUGUUUUGGUGCGUGUACACCCAAUCUCACACCUUCUUCGUCAUAUGAUAUCAUCGAAUAAACAUCGCUUUUAAUAAU